AUGGAUAAUUCCUCUCCAAACGCCGGCGGCGAGUCAGCCGCUUCCCAUACCAAAACAGACGUCUCUACACCCCAGCAUGGCAGUCAUGACAGACCCGGUGAACCUGUACACAACCUCUCUUCACCACCGGCGGCGUUACGACCCUCGGAACUCAACCGGCCUCCAUCCUUGACGAGUCUAUUGCUCAAUUCUGCCCCUCAAUCUUUCUACGUGGCGACGCAGCAUCCAUUUCUCCGCCAGGCUGGACUGGGCACCCUUCCCAAAGAAACCCUCCAACGUUGGCUGUCGCAGGACCGCCUGUACGCUCAGUCCUACAUCGGCUUCAUCGGCGCACUGAUUUCCCGAGUCGACCUGCCCUACAACGUCACCGACCAAUCCAAGUCACUGCGUUGGCGCAUCGUCAAUUUACUCUCAUCCGCACUCGAAAACAUCCACAGAGAAUUGCGAUUCUUCAACGACACUGCGGAAAAAUAUGGCCUACAGAUCGACGCUUCUUCUAGACCAGGCGUCCCUUUCACCGCCGAACCAGCCACAAAGCAAUACAUUGACCUAUUCCGAGCCUUCGGCACCGACCCUAGUAUGAGCUUACUCGAAGGCCUGGUGGUCUUGUGGGCCACCGAAAAAUGUUACCUGACUGCAUGGACUUUCGCUUCGUCAUUCAUGAAGCCUUCUGGACCGCCAGAACCUCAUGCCGAUGAUGAUGGCGGGGCACUGCGCGGUGAGUUCAUUCCGAACUGGACAAGCUCCGACUUUGAAAAGUUUGUCGAGGACAUCGCAAAAGUGACGGAUUUGUUGGCUGAGCGUGAAAACGCCAUCAAUCGGAGAUUCAAUGUAUAUACGGCUGUGUGGGUGCAUAUACUCGAUAUUGAGGCAAAGUUUUGGCCCUCGGUAGAAGAGGAAGAAGCCAAGAACGAGGAAGCGUCGUAG